AUGCGUAUUUUAGAUGAAAGUUAUUUCUCAGCAUCGCAUACCGAAAUAUCGUGCACUCCUCAAGGAAUCAUUACUCUUAGUGAUAAAAUGCAGCGCAAUUCAGUGUCUAAUAUUUGCCAAUUUGUGAUUAUCCUUGCCUUUUUUACAUUCGUAAAAUCAGAGGACAACGUAAUCUGUUCCGAGUAUUGUCAAUGUGCUAAAAUACGAAUUGUUUGUGAUGAUCGUCGAAUGACUCAAGUUCCGCAUCAAAACGCAAGUGUAAAGGGAAUUAGUAGCUUAACGAUCAAGAAUGGAAAUAUCAAAGUUCUCAAGUCAUACUCAUUCAGUAAAUUUCCAGAUCUCACGAAGCUGACUGUCUCAUUCGAUCAAAUCAGUUAUAUUGAGCCUUAUGUAUUCUGCAACUUUUCCAAACUGGAAACAUUGUAA